GCCGUUAUGUUACUUGCACACAUUAACUCUCCCUUCUUUCUUGCAGAAGAAGAAAAAGAAGAAGCAGAAGCAUGAUCACUCUCUUAAAUUGGUGAAGAGCACUGUCAUACACUUCAUUGCUAACAGUAAAACCAAAUGCCUUCAAUUCUCAAAUGUUUCUCCUUCAACUCAUCACCUUCUUCCUCAACCAUUCAAAACCCUUCCCAAGGUAACAACAACACCAUCUCCGACGAGUACCACCACGCCGUACACACCACGUCUUUUUCAGAGAUUCGCUCAAACGUCGAGGCCCAAGCCUACCACCUCAAACCCACGCGCGAGCGCGUCCAGCAAGCUCUAGCCCACUCCAACCCCGAGAGCCUCACACGCCUCUUGUCCGCGUUCUUUGAACACACUGAAGCUGCCUCUGACCUCUGCCUCAACCUCCACCACUCCGUCCUUCACGCGCGUGCCCUCCACGCGCCGCUCCUCGACCUCUUCCGAACCCUUGACCCUUCCCACCCCUCCCAAAACGACUGCGUUCGCGCCCUCGACGUCUUCCACCCUUUCCACACCCUCCCAAACCCCAUCCCCGACUUCCACACCUUCUCCGCCAUCCGCACCGACCUCUCCGCCCUCAAAACCACCCUCGACCGACGCGCCGCCAGAUCGCUCAGGAAUCUACGCCUCUCCCGCCGCGUCCUCCGCGGCUCAGCCGUCUGCCUCGUUGUGGUCGCAGCUGCCGUGAUUGUCGCCACCGUGGCCGUCGCGGUGCACGCUGUGGUUGCAAUUGCUGGAAGUGGUGCCGGUUUUGCUCUGCCGGUUUGUGCCUCUGAGAAGAGAGAACUUGCGAGACUGAGGCAGCUUCAUGCUGCUGCCAAAUGUGCUUACGUUUUGAGCAACGAUCUCGGGACGAUCGACGCCCUGGUGUCGCGGCUGCGCGCGGCGGUGGAGGGGGACAAAGUAUUAGUGAGCCUUGGAUUGGAGAGGGGGAAUGAGAGGUAUCUUGUGGAGGAAGUAAUCAAGCAGCUCUGGAAGAGUCACCAGGGGUUUCUACACCAGGUCGAGGAUCUUGAGGAGCAUAUUUUCCUCUGCUUUUAUAACAUUAACAAGGCAAGGCUUUUGGUUCAUCAAGAGAUAUGCUCUGAUUCAACUUCUAGUUCUAACUCCUAACCAAUUGAUCAACCCUUUAAAUUGUGUUUCUCAUUCAUAGCUGCAGCUGCAUUGCAAUUAUUUAGCCAAUGCAUACUGCUUUAGGGUUUUAAUUUGCAUUGCCUUCAUAAUAUUUUGAUGUUGAAGAACUUUGUGAACAUAUGUUAACGUGAUUAUUUAUGAGAAAAGGAAAUCUAUUUAUA